AGGGAUUUGGCUCACUGGUCGCUUGCUUUUCCGCUUUCCGCACCAUGGCAACCAAGAAGGGAUCUAAGGCGUCCAAGGCGGCUGACUCCAUCAAUGCGCGGCUACAGCUGGUCAUGAAGAGUGGCAAGUACAGCCUCGGCUACAAGACCACCCUCAAGACCUUGAGGCAAGGCAAGAGCAAGCUGGUGCUUAUCUCCAACAACUGCCCGGCCCUGCGAAAGAGCGAGAUCGAGUACUACGCUAUGCUGGCCAAGACCGGAGUGCACCACUUCCACGGUGACAACAACGAGCUGGGCACCGCCUGCGGUCGCUACUACCGUGUGUGCUGCCUUUCCAUCACCGACCCCGGCGACUCGGACAUCAUCCGCUCCUUGCCCGGGCAGGAGUGAGCAGGUUCAGCGGCAAGAUAUCAGGAGCUUGACAUGUGCGGCCAGUGAGGAAAAGC